AGCGGAUGUUGUCACGUCAGAUGACGCGUCCGUGACGCCAGCAGUCCACGGGGCUCGAGCCUGUGACAGAUGUUUGACGGUUCAUUCAUGCCGAGCUCCGGAGCGGGACAGCGGGCUGUGUGCGACCAUCGAGCCGGCUGGAGGGACAGCUCCGCGGGCUGAGAGAACAACAACAUGUCGGCGGCGGAGAAGACGACGAGUCCGUGCAACAAGUUCCAGGCGAAUAUUUUUAAUAAGAGCAAAUGUCAAAACUGCUUCAAGUCCCGCGAGCUGCAUCUGACGAGCGACCGCGACAUGGAGCAGGCGAAACCGAUCUACGGAGGCUGGCUGUGUUUGGCUCCGGAGGGGACAGACUUUGACAACCCGAUGCAGAGGUCACGGAAAUGGCAGCGGCGCUUCUUCAUCCUGUACGAACACGGCAGCCUGAGCUUCGCCCUGGAUGAGCUGCUGAGCACUUUGCCACAGGGGACGGUGAACCUCAAUCUGUGCACAGAAAUCACCGACGCCGAGCCGAGGACGGGCCAGAGGAACGCUCUGUGCAUCGUCACGUCAGAGCAGGAGAUCUUCAUCCGCGGUGACAACAAAGAGAUCAUCAACGGGUGGAGUGAACAGCUCGGCGUCUUUCUGCGGACCAACAAGCAGAAUCAGAAGAAGAAACGCAAAGUGGAACGCGUCCCCACUCAGGAGCCGAGUCCGGCGAAGAUGGCUGCAACCGACCCGAGUCUGCCGUCCUCGGAGAGCGACGCGGAGUCCGGCUGUGGCCGGUGGCAGGAAGACCAGCGGGGGAAGGGAGCGGGUGUGACCCCCAUGUGGACCGUCACAGACGUGGAUCCCCCGGGCCCGGAGCAGAACCCUGCAGGCAGCACGUCCACCUACCUGUGCCCGGUCUCCACGGACUCCCCGAGCUCGGACGCAGGGUUCGUCAGUCCGGUCGGCUCGUUGGACCUGGUGGCCGGCGGAAACACAGACGCUGGCAGUAACAAGCAGACAAACAACAACAUCCAAACAUCAGCAAACAAGAACCAGAGGCUGCUGGGAUCAGAGGCCGCCGAGAAAGUGCGGGAAGGAGCGGAGGAGGCCGAAUCGAGGACGGGCCGGAGCGCCAACAAACGAGAGAAACUUCAGUCGUGCGGAGACGUGGCCUCGCUCGCAGCACCGCCGGCUCAGAGGAGGAGCAGGUCUCUGGACCGCAGGACGUCGGACAACAUCAUGACGCCGGACUUAUUGAACUUUAAAAAAGGUUGGAUGGUCAAACUGGACGAACACGAUCAGUGGAAGAAGUAUUGGUUUGUGCUGUCGGCUGACAGUCUGAGGUUUUACAAGGAUUCACUGGCUGAGGAGGCUUCGGACCUCGAAGGAGAAAUCGACCUGACGAAGUGUUUUAAUGUGUCGGAGUAUCAGGUGCAGAGAAACUACGGCUUCCAGAUCCACACUCCACACGACGUCUACACGCUGUCGGCCAUGACUUCAGGGAUACGAAAGAACUGGAUCCAGGCUCUGAUGAAGAACGUCCAUCCAGCCAACGCGCCUGAUGUAGCCAGUUUACCUGGCCUCCACGCUCCACCUGAAGCUCUCCCCAAACCAGAUGUGACUCAGGACUCUCCGUCCGCCGACGUCUCCGCAGAGAGAGACUCCAAACAUCGGACCGUGAUGGAGCGACGACGCGAAGGACGCUACAGAACCUUCGACUGGGCCGAGUUCAGGCCUCAGAACAAAGCGAGCCCGGCGGACGCCGACCCCCAGAGGACGAAAGCUCCGUGCUCCUCGCUGGAGCUCGGCGACCUUGAGAGGAGGAAGAGGAGGGAGGAGAGGAGGAGGAGGUACGAGAGCAUGCUGGGCAUCUCUCUGAGCUGGGAGGUGAUGGGAGAUAAAACAGAAGACAGCGGCGGUGGCGGCGUCCGAGCGCUGAGUCCAAAAUCACAGCAGAAGGUGGAGGAGGACAUCGAGGAGUGCUGGAGGCUGGUGGAGAAGACGAUCUUCAGACUGGAGAGGAACGUCCCGCUGAUCACCGAAGACAAAGAGGAGACGGAGACGCUGCUGGACAGCUACAGGACGAAGGUGGAGGAUCUGAAGUCUCAGCUGGCGGAGUCGGAGCGAUGCAGACUGGACCUGGAGACUCAGCUGAGUACGACAGGAUUUCAUCAUCAUCAGCAGCUGAACUCUUCGAACAUCCACACUCAGACGCUGAAGGACACGUACGAAGAAACCAGAGAGCUCUUAGAGCAGCAGAACGUCAUCAGACAGAGCAUGCAGGAGCAGCUCAGCUUCGAUUCACUAACACCUCAGACGCCGAGCAUCUGGCUGCACGACGCCGACGGAAACCUCCAAGAACUGGACGACCUGCUGUCACCUGCAUCAGAGAGCGACGCAGAAACUGAAGAGCUUCAGAAGGAGCUGGACGGAGACGACGGCUCAGAAAUAAAUAAAUACGGUUCGUUAAUUCUGGAGACGUCUGCAGAGCGAGACGACGCCUCGCUGAACUGCUGCCACGUUCCUCCGGACCAGGCGGCGGUGAGGAGGCUCUCCCAGGAGGUGGAGCGGCUCACCAGCCAGAACGAAGCUCUCAACCAGCGCAACCAGGAGAUGUUAAACCAGCUGACGGAGGCCGACCGCGAGAUCGAGAGGCUGAAAGUGGAGCUCAGCGGCAGGUACGCCGAACCCCAAAACCUCCCUGAGGUGGAACAGACCGGGCGAGAAGAUCUGCAGAGGGAGCUGAGCGUGAAGAACCAGCAGCUCCUCGAGGCCCAGGCGAUGAUCACCUCCCUGGAGGAGAACCUGAAGGAGACGGAGGCGCUGCUGCAGAAAACAGGACAGGAGGAGAGUGACGAGAAGGCGGAGGGAUACCUGCUGCGAUCUUUGGAGGACGCUGAGGCGAGGCUGACGGAGCUGGAGAGGCGGCUCCACCAAUCAGAGAUGCAGAACGCGGAGCUGAAGGAGGCGGAGCAGCGUUACAGACAAACAGCUGCAGAGGCGGAGGCCGACGUCAGGAGGCUGAAUGAAGAGCUGCAGACGGAGAGGUCGAAACACGACAGACGUGGUUCAGGCGACGAGAAGAUCCAGGAGGUGACGGACGGGAUGGUGACGAGGCUGAACGCUCUGGAGAAACUUCUGGAGGUGAUCGACACGUUGGACGGCGGUUUGAGGACGGAGGAGAGCGAAGAGGCGACGGUGGAGCGUCAGCUGAGGUGGGAGGAGGAGUUUUGUAGUUUAGUGCUUGACAAACUGAAAUCCUCCGAGCUGAAUGAGGUGGAGGUGAUUCUGAGUGAGGUGAUGGCGCGAAUGAUGGUGGAGAAACAGAUGCUGCUUUUAGGGCAUCGUCUGCUCUCCGAGACGGACGGAGGACUGAAUGACGUGGACGUUACGUGGAAUAAAGAAAGUGAGACAGAAGAAAGAGGAGAGAUGUUUGAUUUUAAAGUCGUCACGCAGGUGAAAAUGUCGUCGCUGAACCGCCUCGCCUCGUCCGCCAGCAGCUCCACACGCGAGCAGCUCUGGCUCAUGGCCGACCGACUCUCCGACUUCAACCUGUUGGAUCAUCCCUGGUCCGGUUUCAUUCACUCCGCGGCGACUGAAGCGAUGUUCUGCCUCCGUCUGAGCCGACUUCGGUCAAAAUACGAGAAACAGAUCGAGGAACAGAAGCUGGAUGCUGCUUCGCUCGUCUGCAGCAACUGUGACGGUUUGACGGAAGAAAACAGGAAGCUGAGAGAGAGGCUGACAAACAUGGAACAAUCAUCAGGACAGAAGGUGAACACGUGCAGCCAGACAGACGAGUUACAGGUGGAGGAGGAAGAAGACGAGAUGGUCGACUGUCGUCCUGUCGAUGGUCAGUCGGGAGUCGAGGAGACGCUGGAUGAAAACACAGAGGAGGAAACAGAUCCGAGCUUUGAGGCCGAGCACGUUUCAGAGUUAAGACGAAGAGUGGAGGAGCUCGAGGAGCAGCUGUCCGUCAUGGAAGAAGUGUCUGAUGGGAAAAUGAGUUCUCUUCAGACGAGACAUGAGAAGGAGACGGAGAAGCUGAAGGUCACGUGUGAGCGCGGCUUCGCCACCAUGGAGGAGUGUCACGUGAAGAUCGUGGAGGAGCUGCAGCGUCGACACCGACAGGAAGUGGAGCGCCUCCUGCUGGAGCGAGACCGACUGCUGGAAGAGGAGAGCGCCGCGACGGCGACUGCGAUCGUGGCGAUAAAGAACGCUCACCGUCUGGAGCUGGAGAGAGAGAUCCAGAGGAGGAGCGAGUCAGAGAGCAGCUCAGGAGACUCUCACCUGGAGGACGUUUUCACACGGCACAGCGAGGAGCUGACGUCGUACCAGCGGGAGCUCCAGGUUCUGUCCCAGCAGUUCUCUCUGAAGUGUCUGGAGAACGGACACCUCGUGCAGGCUCUGGAUGCCGAGAGGAAGGCGCUGUGUCAGUGCCAGCAGGAGAACCAAGACCUGAGGACGAGAAACCAGGAGCUGAGCGCUCACCUCGCGGCUGAGAUCACCAGACUGUGUUCGCUGGCGAAGCAGGACGAGCUGCCGCUCAGUCAGAAGAUGGACGCGUACGAGAUGGAGAUCACUCUGCGGGUGAAAGAGUCCGAGGUUCAGUGUCUGAAGCAGGAGCUCACGUCUCUGAAGGACGAGCUGCAGUCAGCACAAAAGGACAAGAGGAACGCCACGAAGAAGUACAAAGACGUGCUGACGGAGCUCAGCAUCACGAGGGCGAAGGCGGAGCGCGAGCUCGACGAGCUGAGAGAAAACCUGAGGCUGGCUCACCGAGCGCUCCACCAGACGUAACUCCAUCAGCUCCGCCAGACGUAACUCCACCAGCUCCACCAGACGUAACUCCAUCAGCUCCACCAGAUGUGACUCCAUCAGCUCCGUCAGCUCCACCAGACGUAACUCCAUCAGCUCCACCAGACAUAACUCCAUCAGCUUCGUCAGACGUAGCUCCAUCAGCUCCGUCAGACGUAACUCCAUCAGCUCCCUCAGCUCCACCAGACGUAACUCCAUCAGCUCCACCAGACGUAACUCCAUCAGCUUCGUCAGACAUAGCUCCAUCAGCUCCACCAGACGUAACUCCAUCAGCUCCACCAGACGUAACUCCAUCAGCUCCGCCAGACGUAACUCCAUCAGCUCCGCCAGACGUAACUCCAUCAGCUCCGUCAGCUCCGCCAGACGUAACUCCAUCAGCUCCACCAGACGUAGCUCCAUCAGCUCCACCAGACGUAACUCCAUCAGCUCCGCCAGACGUAACUCCAUCAG